UUGUGCAUGACGACAUGUUUUGUUUUCUGCUCAUUAUAUGGGGUUCUCUGAGCUAACAACACGGACAGCUGCGACUACAAAAUAUCCCCAGUGACCUUGUACUGGUGUACAAGAAGACAAAGCCAUGGGGAAUACAAGCAGUGAGAGGGCUGCCAUGGGCCAGGGGGAGAAGGCUCAGCGGAGGGAUAGCCGAGGAAACAAGGAGGGAGAGAGACCAAAAAUCCUGAUGGACAGCCCCGAGGAUGCAGAUAUGUUUCAUGGUGAAGACAUGAAGGCUCCUUUAGAGAAAGAAGAGUUUCUUGCAUGGCAGCAAGACUUAGAAGCAGACGACAAAGGGCCAACUUUAGACCGGCCAACAGUAUUUCGCUGGACUGGAGAUGGAAAAGAGGUCUUCCUGUCUGGAUCUUUCAACAACUGGGCCAAUAAGAUUCCACUAAUAAGAAGUCAGAACACCUUUGUUGCUAUUGUCGAUCUACCUGAAGGGGAGCACCAGUACAAGUUCUACGUGGAUGGCCAGUGGACCCACGACCCUGCUGAGCCAGUUGUAACAAGUCAGUUGGGGACAGUCAACAAUAUCAUCCAGGUGAAGAAAACUGACUUUGAGGUGUUCGAUGCUCUAAUGGUAGACUCUCAGAAGUGCUCCGACAUGUCAGACCUCUCCAGCUCUCCUCCUGGGCCUUAUCAUCAGGACGCCUAUGUUCCUAAGCAAGAAGAGAAGUUUAAGUCCCCACCCAUACUCCCACCUCACCUGCUACAGGUUAUACUCAACAAAGACACUGGCAUUUCUUGUGACCCUGCAUUACUCCCUGAACCCAACCAUGUCAUGCUAAACCACCUCUACGCUCUCUCCAUUAAGGAUGGAGUGAUGGUGCUCAGUGCAACACAUCGUUACAAGAAGAAGUAUGUGACCACUUUAUUAUACAAGCCCAUCUGAGUGACAACAGGCUUGUAUAUCCAAGUAUGUUAACUGUACACUGAGUGUACAAAAUAUAAACUCUGCCUGUUUCCUUCUUAAAAUAGAGGGAGCAGGUGAAUCCAGGUUGUGAGUUAGACCUGCUGAAUCCACAUCCUGGCCUGGAGGGGUUCAAAUCUGUUUGUAGAGGUCAUUUCAAUUGAUUUAUUCUUGUUUUGUACUACAUAGUGUCCAGGAAUUUGACCAUUUGUACUCUUUAUCCAAAUUUGAGAAGGCCGGAGGUGAUUAUAAUGAGAAUCCCAAAUUAUCUAGCACUAUUAAGAAGCUCUGAGAUUUUAUCUUGUACACUCAGUGUAUAUCCAUUAUUGUUAUACUCAUCUCUUUAGGAUGAUAAAUGUCACUCAGUUACCCCAAUCUUUUAUAAUCUGCCUUUUAUUCAUUCACUGAUUGCCAUUUACAGCAACACACUGUUUGCUUGUUAGAGAUAGAGAGGCAGUUAUUAUAGGGUAGUACUCUAUGUCUGACACAAAAUCAGACAUAAAUGUUCUGAAGAGGAUUUAUAAUCCUGGCCAAAUCUGACUGAAAGUUGUCCAAUCAUGAGUUUUCCAUGAUGAAGAAGACAGCAGCGGUACAAUCAAGAAUGUAAAUAUAAAGGUCAAAGAAAGGAAAAAAAAAAUGCACUGCAGUAGUUCUCCACUGAUUUUAUUUUCAUGUUUAUCUUGAGAAAUAUUGAUUUAUUUAUAGUCACACAGUGCACAGUAGAACAUGAAUACCCUUUGUGAAGUAUUUAGUGUUGUUUAUUUUAUUUCUACAGUCUUUGAUGAUGUUUUUUUAUAGUUAGAAGUUGUCUUCAAGACUUGAGUGGGAAAUGUGUCCUAGCAUAUUGGUUGCGUGGGUUAAAGGAAGAAUGUGCAACUUUUUGAUCCAGUAGAUGUUGCCCUUGAGCUCCAGCAUUAAACCAAAUCAAAACCUCUGUUUGGCGACUCCUCCGCUCUCCUCCAGCGGCACACCUCCAACCUCUCCCCCUUCGUAUCCUCACAAAGGAGUUAUGAAUUAGAUUGCACCAUUAAGCACAAGCGGUAGACAAAAUUGGCCUUUUCUUGAGCUGCAAUUGCCUUAGUCCUGCAUUGUUGUGUUAGCAGGCUAAUGUUAGCACACUUUGGUUUGCUCAUAGCUUCAUAUUGCACAUAAAUUCACACGGAAUUAACGUGAUCUUAACUCACUUAAGUGACAUCCAAAUAAGCAGUGUGUAGGUUAAAUUCUUCUUUUCUGUGGUCCUUGACUAAAACAGCUUCAUACGCAAGACCAUCUCGUCCAUGUAAACAUGAUGUAAACACAGCUCUGACAACAAUACAGCUGGAGGGACUUGAGCUUCUCACUCAUUGUAGACAGUCAUUUACAGAGGAUAUACUUGAUUUCUGCUGUAUUUAGGUGUAAAAUGUUGCACAUUCUUCCUUGAAGACAAGCCUAUGUUAAGAUCAAAAAUACAACCAUGUUUUAAUUUUCAAUCAUUUUGCCUUUACUAAAUAAUGAUUUUAUUGGUUUUGCAUGGCAAUGGUCACAUUUAUUUAGAAAGAAGAAUAUGCAUACAGUGUAUGUACACUCAAAUCCCGCCAAUGUGUCAGGAGAAUAAAUCUUACCCUUUUUGUUCGUCGAAGCAGGUCAAUGCAUUUCAAAGAUAUACUCAUACCAGAUGGUGUAGUCAGUAUGGCGUCAGUGUGUGAUCCAUACAAUGUCGUCAAUCUUGAUGGCAGUGAUGGAGAUUUUUCAGAUGAAUUCAUGAUUGAUGAAAAAAUGAUUUAAAGAAGAGAAAAAAGGUCCAAUGAUUUAGUCAAAGAAAGUUGAAUGAAAAAAAGAGCUUGAAGAAUUAGAACCUGAAGGACCAUCACGGGAUCACAUGUCAGAGCUGUUCUGUUGUAGAUUUUAUUUUUUUUAAAUAGUUUCCCGUCUGUGUGUGCAUUUCAUGAAGUCUGACAGGUUGUAUUAGUUUAAGUUAAAGAUAUGACAUGUAGCAUCUAUUUACAUCAAUGUUUCAUUUACAAAUAGUCGAUCAUGGAAUCAUUUUAUUUAACAAUUUAUUAUGCUACAUCUAUUUUUGUUGUAAGCUGUAGGCCAGUAGAGGAUGACAGUCUCCUCAGUAUAAGACUACUACUUCUUCUGUUUGGUCAGAACUAUUAUAGUCGUGAUGUAUUUAUGCUCGAAUGUUUGUAUUUCAAAUGAAUUGCAGUAUCAUUUCAAAUGUUGAUCAUUCUAACCAAGUAGGCAAUUUUUUGUUUGGAGAGACAUUUGUAUUAAAAUCAUUUCAAAAUGGA